AUGUUUAACUCGAUCCGCUCAUUUCCAAGACAAUGCAGUAUUAUACUAUCAAAACGAUUCAAUUAUGUAAAACCUUCACUUGACUUACCAAUUGAUCAACUUCGACCAUUGUAUACCAAAUUUGGAUGGUAUAUUAUCCCAAAAUCAGACGAUGUUAGCAAUAAAUACACAGACUUGGUAAAUGAAGAAUUCGAUAAGCACAACUUUACUAAAGAUACUCCCAAGGAUUCGAUUCAAGAAUUCGUCUCUAAAUGGUAUAAAAUAUACCAUAUAAAUGAAAUUGAAGGAAAGGAAAAAGCUGUUGCACUAGCUAAAGCAGCAAGAGUGGCUCUGGUGGGGACUAAUGAGACAUUCACGUAUUACAGUGCAAAGAGACAUGAAGCAGUAACUAAGGUGGGACUAGCUUUUCCUCCUGAUUUUCAACAACUUGUAGAACGUAGAUGGAAUGAACUUGGCAGCACAACAAGGCAAAGGAUUGUAACCACAUAUAAACAAAUGGUUGGGGACGGAUAUCCAAUAGUUGAAAAUCCACAGAAGAUUGGUGGUGGUAAACCACCCACCCUCGAUAGAGAAUUACAAAAAUUUGAAAGACGCUAUUAUUUGAAACAAUCUAGACUUAGUGAAAUGCAGAAAGAAUUGGACAAGCCAGAUUUGACUAUGGAAGAUGUUGAUGCCCAACUUCAACAAGAAUGGAAAGAAUCUAGUACCAGGGAUAAAAGAUUAUUUGGACAGAGAUUUGCAAAAUUAGUAACAGCGGGCAAAUAUAUAGAAUAUGGGAAAAUUAUUCCGUUCGAAGAAAGAACGGUUGAGCAUGAGUUAAUCUGGUGCAUGUACAAAGGUGUAGAUUUAGAAUUGAACGAAACAGGUGAUGUGAUUGCUGUUUAUUCUAUUCAAAAGCCCAUGCUUAUAGAGUUUUAUCGUCUAGAAAAGGGAUUGACUAUAGAAAAGGGUAGGAAUAGGUUUCGUAGGUUAUCUGCCGAUGAAUUAGCAGAACUUGAAAAGAAAGCUAGGGAGCUUCUCUUAGAUGGGAAAGUUUGCUACAAAGAUAAAAUAGUGGAUGCCAAAGAAUACGCUCUUGAACAUUAA